AUGCACACGGAUAACCAACUAGCCAAUCAUGGAAAAGUGGUCAGUGAGAGUCAGUCCCGCUCCCCUAGUGUGAGCCAACAGGCUCAGCAGCAGCAGAGUGCUACUGGACAUCUGGGCCCAAAAGGUGUCGGGGGCCAUGGAGUCAAGAGCGGCCAAGCCCUGAAGUCUGGGAGCCAAUCGUUGAGCUCCGCUGGAGGGAUGCUAAAAACCAAAACCAAGCGAGAACGCAGUGUCUCCAUGGACUCUGAUGACAAAAAUAUGCACUCAUCUGUGGAGAGCGAUGCCAAAGCAGAAGGCAUCAUGCGCAGUAAGCGUCGCUGUGUUUUGGAGAGAAAACAGCCCUAUAGUGGAGACGAAUGGUGUUCUGGACCUGACACAGAGGAUGAGGAUAAGCCACACAAUCUAAUCCACAGAGAAAAGACCUUGGUGGGACCUGUUAAAGGUGUAUGUGAUCUCCAGUCAGAACCUGGAUCAGGGCUGAAGGUAGAACCGAAACAAACUAUAAAGCAACUGGUGUAUGUUUUCACAACCAACCUAGCCAACAGUGCUGCAGAUGCUGUAUUAAAAGGCCAAAGUGAUUCCAUUCUUCUUUUUCACCAGCAAAAUGUUUCUUGCUCAAAGCUGGAACAGGGUCAUCUUGCAAGAAAGAAGAUCUCUAAUAUGCCAGAGAAAGUGAGGUCUAGCAGCUCCCCGCCUAGUUCCACACCUAAAUCUCAAAGCGGGACUCCACGACCAUCAUCAGCAGGUCCCAUGAUGGUGAGAGGACCACCCCCUCCGUACCACAGCAAACCUGGAGAACAGCAAUGGCCAACCAAUAUGAUGGGAGGAGGAGUCCCAUCACCUCUUCUGCCUUCAUCGUCCAGGGGUGAGAUUAAGUCACCUUCCCACGUGUCUUCUUCUGUUGCACAUCAGCCUCCUCUUCCAGCAGCAGGUCCUGGGACCCCGACUUCCAUAAAGUCUCCUCAUGUAGUAGGCUCUUCCAACCAUGGACUGCACUCUCCCUCUGCAUCACCAAGACAACUCAAAUCGCCUGCAGUCAGUGGAGCUGCUGGCUCUCCAGGAUGGACAUCUCCGAAACCAGCUCUUCCAAGUCCUGGUCUUGCCAGUGGCAAGAUUAUAGGCAAGGGAGGACCCUCUGUUGAGACAGGUCCACCACUGCCCACCAGAAGUUUGAACUCGACAACCAUUAAUCAACCAGGCUCCACAAACACUAGUAUACCAUUUACUUCCUCUACUGAGGCACCUCCUUCACAAAAUCCUCUGUCAUUAAUAAUGUCUCAGAUGUCCAAAUACGCAAUGCCCAGCUCCAUGCCUCUCUAUCAUGAAGCAAUCAAAACACUCGCUAGUUCUGAUGAUGAGAUGAUGCCUGAUCGCCCUCUUCUAUCCGGUGUGUGCAUUGGAGGAAACAUUGGAAAUGCCCAGUCAUCCCAGUUGCUUGGUCCAGAUCCACAAAGCCCCAUUGGAAUUAUCAGCCAUGAUCAGCAGCUGCAGCCUCCAUCACAUGUAGGACGCCAAGGCCUGGGAGGGUCCAGAGGUAUGGUGUCUGGUGCAGGGAUCGGUCCCAUGUGCCCCCCGGGACAUAUGAUGGGGAGACCAGUCAUGUCAUUGCAGCAGCAGCAGCAUGGUAUGAUGCCCAACAACCCACUGCACCAUUCAGCUCACCCAUACCAAGGCAUGAUGCCGUCUCAGCAGCAUUCUCACAACACUAUGGCACAGCAUAAUAUGAUGAUGAUGAUGCAAGCCAAGCAGCAAGGUUUGGCAAUUCCAGGCGACCCUUUUGGUCCCCAAGGUCAUCUUAUGUCCCCUCAGACUGGUAAAUUAAAAACAAAGGAUAAGAUCUGUGAGGACACGAAGGCCAAGCUAUGCACGAUGGCUAGCUGA